CGCUAAGGCCUCCUGGCGGCCGGGAGAGGGCAGCGCCUAGGCCCGGCCCGGGGCGGAGGGCCCCGCGGGAGCAGGAUUUGUUCCUCUCCCUUUCAAUGGAGAGUGACAUUAUAGAUCAAUAAUGAGGACCAGCCCUCGCAGGCCCUUAAUUCUCAAAAGACGGAAACUGACCCUCCCACAGAACGAUGAAUCCAGUACUUCAGCAAGAGAUGAGAAUAGAGGUCAGGAUGAAAAGGCUCCUAAGCAGGAGCAGAGGCGGGAAGACCAACACAACAGACAACCCAGAGACAAAAGGGACUGUGGCCUGCAGAAAUUCCCAGCGGGAAUAAAGAUAAUUGACCAUCCUACAAUGCCCAACACACAGGUGGUGGCCAUCCCUACAAAUGCUGAUAUCCAGAGCAUCAUAGAGGCAUUGACAGCAAAAGGAAAAGAGUGUGGCAAAAAUGGACCCAACAAGUUCAUUCUCAUUAGCAGUGGGGGCACAUCCCGUUCAGCAGGUCCAGCACCAUCACAGCAUCUCCCAUCAGAGAAGAAAGCCAGUGCAGCCAUCAAGACUGCAGACAGUCAAGAAAGAGAGAAGAAUGUUGCACAGGCACCUGGUCUUGCAGGCACUACAACACUCUGGCAUUCAGGAGUUGAUCCUGUGGUUCGACAGGAACAGGAGACCAACAGCAGUGGUGAGACAAUGAGCUCUGUGUUGGACAACAGCCUCACCAACAUCCAGUGGCUGGGGAAGAUGAGAUCCGAUGGGCUAAAUCCCUCUUCUGUGAAGGAAGACACAGAGAAAGAGAAUCAGAUGCCUCUGCGGGAAAGAGUCAAGACUGAAGAGGAAGCUGCUGCUGCUGCUGCUAUUCCUACUGCUGCUGUGUCCUCCUCAUGGCAGGAUUCAGUGUCAGAACGACCUCCUUACUCCUAUAUGGCCAUGAUCCAGUUUGCCAUCAACAGCACAGAGAAGAAGCGCAUGACCCUGAAGGACAUCUAUACCUGGAUUGAGGAUCAUUUCCCUUAUUUUAAACAUGUAGCUAAGCCAGGUUGGAAGAACUCCAUUCGGCACAACCUGUCCCUUCAUGACAUGUUUGUCCGUGAGACGUCUGCCAAUGGUAAAAUCUCCUUCUGGACUAUUCACCCCGGUGCAAACCGUUGCCUGACAUUGGACCAGGUAUUUAAGCCGCUGGACUUGGGGUCACCAACAUCGCCUGAGUAUUCUGAAUCACAACAAAAGAGUCGUCUUCCAGACCCUCUGAAGAACAUGGGAAGCAAAACUGAACCCCAGAAUUCACGCCGAAAGAUGAAGCCUUUGCUUCCUCGUGUCAACUCCUACCUGGUUCCAAUCCAGUUUCCUUUGAGUCAGCCUCUUGUCUUGCAGCCUUCCAUGAAGGUUCCUCUGUCCAUGGCACAGGGAGCAUCCCUUAACAGCUCUGAGACUUUGCAGAGCAAUAAGCGUGUGUGCAUUGCUCCAAAGGUGUCACUGUCUUCAGAAGAGUCACCCUCUUUACCCACGGCUGCUGUCAAGGAGGAGGGUCAAUGUGAUGAAGGUUUAUUUUCCCCAACCCAUUCUGUACAGGAGAACAGCUCCCAGCCUGGUGAGGAAUUGUCUUCUUUCCCUGAGAGUGCCUGUAAAAAGGAGGAAGAAGGCUCUCAGCUGGAUCCCUGGCUAUCCCCAUUUGCCUCAACCAUAACGGUCAAGGAAGAGCCAAGCUUGUUCCUCCCAGACUCAUCCACAAAGGAGAGGAAACAGUUCACCACACUGAAGUCCCCAUCUAAGGCAGUUUCUGACUCUUUAGUUAUAAAGAGGAGGGAAAGGCGGGAAGUGGGCAGAUCCAGAAGGAAACAACGCCUAGCACUGCCUUGUUCAGAAGAGCCUGUCCUUGUUUUGCCAGAAAGCAGCAGCUUUGACCCUUUCCAGUUAGGGGCAGACCAUCCCUUCCCCCAGGAAAACCAUCCCCUUGAGAACAUUUCACAGCUCAGCUGCUCACAGGGAGAAGAAGGGGCCUUUAAAACACCAGUCAAGGACGUCUUCAGCAAAUUGCCCAUUUCUUCCACUCCCAGCAAAGCCUCAGCCACUACUACCCCUUCACUAGAGGUUCUUGACCACUGGAAGUCUGCUUCCUUAGCCAAGGGAAGUCAUGAGCUGGACUUCAGUCCAGUGAAAACUCUUCAGUUGCCAUUCACACCUCUCCAGGACAACCAGGACUUGCUGGGUUUUAACAGCACACCCCUUAAAAAUCCUCUCUUUGAUUCUCCUCAAGAACUGCUCAAUACAGAAUCCAGUGACAUGGUCCAUAUGCCCCUCACGAGCUCUCCAGCUUUAGUUCAUGACACUUCCAAGCAAUCCUCUGCUGAGCUGACAACCUCUGGCUUUACUGAAAACCGGUCACUCAUGGAGGGCCUUAUCCUGGACACCAUGAAUGACUGUAUGAGUCUCAGCAAAAUCCUUCUAGAUAUAAGCUUUCCUGGUCUUGAGGAUGAAAAUUUAGGAACGGACAUUAGUUGGUCUCAGCUCAUACCUGAACUGAAGUGAACUGGCCUGAGGACUGAAUUUGACUUAUUCUGAUGUUACAGAAAGCACUCCAUGCUCCUGAGAUUCAUUCAUGUAAUCCAAAACAACUGCUUUUGACUAAUUCCCACAUCCAUGGGAACAGAGCAUUAUUGACUCCUGCUAAGCUGGGAGACAGGCCCAUCAGCUGCUAUGGGCUUCCUUUAUCAGAUGCCGUAGACUUUGAGUGGAACAAGAUGAUAGAACUUCUCUAGCUUUGUACUAGAGAUAGCCUCUCUCCAGGGAUUGUUAUCAAGAAAACAUCUAGGUAGGCCCUGAAUGGCAUUUGUUACUCUGAGGUAUCAGAGGAAACAAACACACUCUUCAGUACAAUAGGAAAGAGCCCAGAAACCUCCUCCUAGCUUUGUCCUAAUCUCCCUUUUAGUAUCUUCUUAGUAUCUUCUGUCUAGUUUUAAUGUCUGUAAAUACUGUACAUUCCUUAAAUUAGCCCUUAAUUAUAAUAAUAUUAUUAUUGUAGGGUUAUGGGAAUAUUUGGCCUGGUAAGGGUUUGACCUACAGUGUGUUGUCCGUAUGUUCAUAUCUCUUGUAUUCUUCUACCCUAGUUGAAAGCCCAGAUUUUUAUUUUUAUUUUUUUUUACUUCAAAAACACAUUGGUCUAGGUUGUUCUAAAGGUUUCUGGGGCAAAGAUCUGAAUACUUGUCUAUAUGUGACCCAAGUCAAACAGAAACAGGUUAUCUGGACUGCAGCAUAAAAUCUUGGUUUGGCUUACUUUUUGCAGGCUGGAAUGAUAAGAGCUUGGAUCAAGCCAUAUAGCUCUUCUGAUUGCAGAGGUCUAUUAUGUACCUAGAGGUAGAGUCCUCUGCCUAGGUAGAGUAGUGGUACCUCUACUACUGUUGCAGUAAGAUGGACCUCUAUUGAAUGGUUAAAGCUGCCCUCAUUACAGUCAGCAGUUGAAAAUGUAAAAAAGAACCUAUACAGGGAAUGCUGAUAUUCCCACUGAAAACUGACCUCUGGAAAUACAAGGUAUGUAUCUCUCGGUGCAAUAGAACAACUCUUCCCAGUUCUCUAGAACUUAUGUCAUAGAAAAAAUCGCCAUGGCGAUGAUCUGAUCUUUCUGCUUGCAGACAAGUGGUGACUCCUGUAUCCAAAUACUCAAUAAAG